AUGGCUGUAAAAGGAUCUGAUGCGAAUCCUGAUUUCUGUUUUAAUGAAAUUGAAGGCGAUCUGUUUCAAUCGCCCGAUAAUAAUGUGUCACUCGCUCAUUGUGUCAGUGAAGAUAUGGAAAUGUCAAAAGGUAUUGCUACAUUAUUUAGAGAUAAAUUUGGUCGUAUCAAUGAAUUAAAACAACAAGGCGUCGUAACGGGUGGCGUUGCUUAUUUGAAAGCUGAUGAACGAUAUAUAUUUUAUCUAGUAACUAAAAAAUUUUAUUAUCAUAAACCAACAAUGAAAACUUUACAGAGCAGUUUGGAAGCAAUGAAAGAGAGAUGUCAAGAAUUUAAUGUUGUAAAUUUAGCUAUACCAAAAAUUGGGUGUGGACUUGAUAAACUAAAUUGGACAAAAGUAUCUGAAAUGAUAAAAGAUAUAUUUCAAGAUCUUCCUAUAAAAAUAACAGUGUAUCACCAAAAGAAAUAA